AUGGAUUUAAGGAUAUCCGAGGGUUCGGGUACUAAUACCACCUUGGAUGACCAAUCGGUACAAUCGCCGACCAGAAGGGCAAAGGUUUGGGAGUAUUUUCAACAAGAGUUAGUUGAGGUUGAUGGAGUGAUGAAGGCUGUUUGCAAAUACUGUGGGACUAAGCUGACAAGUAAAAGGAAUUCAGGAACAAAUAGCCUUAGAAACCAUGUUGCAGAUACAUGUCCUAAAAUUUCAGUUGAGGAUCGCAAGCGAUUCAUUGCUACAAUGAGAAAAAAGCCAGGAGAAGGUUCAUUUGUGUUUGACCCUCGAAAGACUCGUGAGUGCAUGGUUAAGUGGUGCAUCAGUGCCGAGGUCGCAUUCAACAAGUUUGAUGAUCCUUUCUUUGCCCCGUGGAUGGAGUCAUUGCAACCAUCGUUCAGCGGUGUUGGGCGUCAGACAAUGAGAAAUGAUUGUAUUGCCAGAUUCAAGAUGAUGAGGCAAGAGCUAAGGAAUGAGCUACAGAGUCUUAACUCUCGGAUUUGCUUGACAUCUGAUCUUUGGACCUCAAAUUAGAAGUUGGGUUAUCUUUGCUUGACAGCCCACUACAUUGAUGCAAACUUUAUCUUGAAAAAGAAGACUAUUGCAUUCAAAGAUGUCAAAUAUCCACACACGGGCCUAGCAAUCGAAGAAGUAAUUACGAAGU